AUGGCGUUGCACAUGAGCACGAUAAUAUCUCGCACGGCAUCCGACAUUCUCUCACAGCUCUCGUAUAUCCGACCUGCCUUGUCCUCACAUAUCCCAUUGUUUUCCAUCUCUGUCUCACCUAAUACGAAAGCAGACGAACUCUCCGCUCUCGUUUCCCAUCUAACAUCGCAGUCUAGUCAUGGCAUCGGGUGUCUUUCAGCUUCCAUUCCUUCGACAGAUCCUACAUGGCAAGAGAGUAUCGCGUGUUCUGUCGCUUUAUUUGACAAAAGUAUGGCUACGCCGUUUCGGAGCACGAUUCCCGGUAUAAAUACUCCUCAAGUCGGUCGCUGGCAUUCGUUCCGCAAGAGAAGCGAAGACGCUGAUGAUGAGCUUGGUGAUACAGCCAACAUAAAUUGGGAUGAUAUUUGGUCCAGGAAACUCGGACGUGGUUUCCUUCCCCCCGAAAUCCCAACCCAGGAUCAUGAAGCAGUGGGCACAAUUGUCUAUUUCUCUGACGGUGCUCCAGAAGGACUUUCCAACGCCCUUCACACUCUUGGUUCUGCUACCAAAGUAGGCCUGAUUGCUUCGUCGACUCCUUUUGUCACUGGCCGGCCGUUUACGCUCUUCCAUGGGACAUCUAUUUAUUCCUCUGGGGCAGUGGGCCUUUACCUCGCCUCGUCUGCCAGGCCACGUUCAUAUGUUGAAUUUCCGGGUCUACAAAAGUUAACAGAGCCUCUCACGGUAACGAGUUCAAAAGGCAAUCUGGUACACUCACUCGACAAUACCAAUCCUUCCCGCUUACUUCUGUCCGCUAUCGAGAAGAGUGGCAGCGCGUCAAGGCGUGUCACUGUAAGAGCUCCGGAUGCGAACAUGAAAGAUGACCAGUAUUAUCUCGCUGCUCUCCGCAGAGUGGGCGAACAAUAUGAAUUGCACCAGCUCUUUACUAUCAUGUCUGGUGAUCCAUCCCGUGGCACGCUUGCCCUCGGGAGUGAUACUGCGCCUUCAGAGGGUACGCCGGUUCAGAUAUACCGUCUUCCGGCGGAGUUCUCUCCAGAUACCCUAGCGCGAUAUCUAGUGGACUCGAAGACGUCUGCUCCCCGCAAAACGUGCAAUGUUAUAUUCACCGUCUCACCUGAUGUGGACCACCGCUCUGUGCCUGUGGUGAUAAACGAAUCUAUGGAGACAAUCGUUCUCGACGAUGUUUUUAUUGCUGCGUCUGAGAACGGGUUCGUUGUGGAUGACCGUGUGCUUGGCGACGGGGGUGAUCGGCCUUGGCGUUGCACGAUUCGCGGUGGUCUGUUUGGGUUGGAGUGGGAUCGUUGA